AUGCAGUUCAAGAUGGGAAGCGUCCUGCUGUAUCUUCUUUUCUGGUACAAAGCUGCGCUGGCCCUCUCCCCGGGAGAGGAUGAGAGACUGGAGCUGUGGCACAGCAAGGCUUGCAAAUGUGAUUGCCAAGGAGGUCCUAACUCAGUGUGGUCCAGCGGGACUAACAGCUUAGAGUGCAUGCCAGAGUGCCCCUACCACAAGCCCCUGGGCUUCGAGUCCGGCGCCGUCACCCCCGAUCAGAUAAGCUGCUCCAACCCCGAGCAGUACACGGGCUGGUACUCCUCCUGGACAGCCAAUAAGGCCCGCCUCAAUGGCCAAGGCUUUGGGUGUGCGUGGCUCUCCAAGUACCAGGACAACGGGCAGUGGCUGCAGAUCGACCUGAAGGAGGUGAAGGUGAUCUCGGGGAUCCUCACGCAAGGGCGCUGCGAUGCCGACGAGUGGAUGACCAAGUACAGCGUGCAGUACCGCACUGACGAGAACCUCAACUGGGUUUACUACAAGGAUCAGACCGGGAACAACCGGGUUUUCUACGGCAACUCAGACCGCUCAUCCUCGGUGCAGAACUUGCUGCGGCCGCCCAUCGUGGCCCGCUACAUCCGCCUCAUCCCGCUGGGCUGGCACGUGCGCAUCGCCAUCCGCAUGGAGCUCCUCGAGUGCCUGGGCAAGUGCGGCUGA